AUGGAGACGGCUCGCAAAUCAUGGGAGCUGGACAACAAUGUCCAGUUGAUCGAUCCCAAACGUGACGCGCUCUACAACUACGACGCCGAGGCACAGAAGGCCAUCGCCAACGCGAAGCCAUGGACCAAAGAUCCCAACUACUUUAAGCAUGUGCGCAUCAGCGCCGUCGCCCUCAUCAAGAUGACCAUGCACGCCCGCUCCGGCGGCAAUCUCGAGGUCAUGGGCCUGAUGCAGGGCUACAUCGACGAAGACACCUUUGUCGUCACCGACGCUUUCCGCCUGCCCGUCGAGGGCACCGAAACCCGAGUCAACGCCCAGGGCGAAGCGAACGAAUACUUGGUCGAGUACCUGGACCUCUGUCGUGCCCAGGGCCGACAGGAGAACGUGGUGGGCUGGUACCACAGCCAUCCCGGAUACGGAUGCUGGCUCAGCGGAAUCGACGUCGAGACCGAAGCCAUGCAGCAGCAAUUCCAAGACCCUUUCCUAGCCGUCGUCAUUGACCCCGAUCGCACCAUCAACGCUGGGAAGGUGGAAAUCGGCGCCUUCAGAACGUACCCCUCCAACUACAAAGCGGACUUGAGCGCAGCCACUUCUGACGGCUUCCAGGCGGUGCCGCUCGCCAAGGCAGCCGAGUUUGGCGCCCACUCCGGCCGCUACUACAGUGUCGAAGUUUCUCACUUCAAGAGCUCCCUGGACUCGCACCUCCUCGAGCUGCUGUGGCACAAGUACUGGGUCCAGACUCUCAGCCAGAGCCCGCUGCUUACGAACCGAGACUACGGCAAUAAACAGAUGCUUGACUUGAGCUCUAAGAUCAAAGAAGCCACGACAAACAUCACCCGGAGCAGGGCGGGGCAGGGUAUGAUGUUGGGCGGGACCAGAAGCACCGACAAGGCAGUUGAGAAGCUGGCUAGGGACGCUAACUUGAUUGCCACCAAGGAGAGGUCGGGAUUGAUUGCUGGCCAGGUCAAGGCCAAUGUUUUUAACAACCUUGGGGCGAAGCCCUCGGAUGAAAUUUGA